AUGGGCUUACUAAAGCACUUUCGCUCCAAGUCGCGCCUGAAGGAACAGAGCCCGCAGCCCGCCGUCUACACGAACCCAUACUCACCACCCAAGAUCCAAUACCGUAGUGGACCCGACUACACGAAACGACUACCAGACAAAGUGCUGGCCAACAUCUUCUCCUACGUCUGCCCGCAUUCACUCGACUACACCUACGAAUCAUGCGAGGCGUCACAAUUGGGCGAUGGCUGUAUGCUUUGCGAUCUACGAGACAUAUCGAAAUGUGCCCAAACAUGUCGGAAGUGGUAUGCAGUAGCACAGGGACUGCUCUAUGGCAGCGUACGCAUAGAUGCGGUCCACUAUUGUGAGCUGGAAGAGAUUCUGGCGGAGAGGCGGAAGAAGAGUAAGGGACACUUUCGAAAUAAGAGUGCGGUUGAGCCGGUGGAUGUGCCGAACAUUAGAUUGCAGCUGCUAUGCAGGACUGUGAGGGAGCAGCCGAAUCUGGCGUCGCAGACGAUGUUCUUGAAGCUACCGUACAUGACGCGAGAGACUGCGAAGAGCGAUCUGGCGCGGACUGUGGCUGCUCUGUCAAACCUGAGGUUUGUCGACUUGCCGGAUGGAUUCUACUCGGGUGACCCCAGCUGUUUGGCCCUGAGACAAGAGCUGCAGGCACGUUGUCCGGAUAUCAGGAAGAUGAGCUAUCGAGCUGGGUCGGAGGAUGCAUUGGAGCUGCUGGCGCACAGACAUUGGCAGGCGAUUCAGAUGCUGGAUCUUUCGAACCUCUCGGUCGAGCCUGCUACGUUGCGGAUCGUUCUUGCGAGUCUGCCGACUUUGCAUGAGCUCACGCUGUCGGGUAUGGAAUGGAUCGACGAUACCAUAUUUCAGCCGGCUCCUGGACAACUUCCGGAUUUCCCUCCGCUGCAGCUGUUGAAGCUGAGGCACAUUCCACAUAUCACCGCGCAAGGCAUAGAUGGGUGGUUACAGGCGCCGCACGUCAGAGAAAUGCUCUUCUCGCUGACAUUGGAAGAUACUGGAGUCACGGUACAGGAUCUACACCAAGUUUUAUGGGCAGGAAGCUCUCUUGGUCAUUUGGCCAUGAUCGGAACUGUAUCGAAGCCACUUUCCCUCGCAGCACAGCAACUCCCACCACUCACAUCUAUCUCGCUCAAGACUCUCCACUUCGAGAUCACAAGCAGCGAUGAAGUGCAUGGUCUCCAAAGGCCGGCAGAAUCAUACUACUCCUACCUCGCCUCUUCACUACACCAGAAUGCCCUGCCAGGUCUCGAAACACUUUACGUCCGCGACACGAACUUCCCCGAGCUUCUUCUGUUACCUCCACUUCCCUUCGCAGGCGGCGGUAGCUCUUCUCGCGACUCCCUCCGAGCAAGCAACGCCAUGGGUUCGCAAAAAGCACCCAGUCCGUUCGCCGCUUCCCUCAACGGCGGUGGCUUCAACCAAACCCUCGAAGUCUUCAGCAAAGGCAUCGACGAGCUCGAAUGGGUCUUCACCUCGAUCGCGCCUCCCGCACCCGGCCGCAACCGAGGCGGCAGCGUCUCAGGCGGCAGACCGCUAUCCGCAUAUGCCGCAGGCCGCGGCCUUGGGCCACAAUGGGCACAAGGUGGAUUCGGCGGCGAAGCUCGCAAAUCUGUCAUUGUCGGCAACGGCUUUGGUGGCUUCUUGGCUGUGCCUCAAGAGGAGGUUCCACGACCCAUGACCUCCGAUGGUCCUGGAGCGGGAGGUCACCAACGCUGGGGCAGCACUGCGAGCCAAAGUGGUGCCGGAGGAGGAGGCUGGUUGAAGCCGCCGCCUGUUCUGGGCGGUAGCUCGAAACAGGAGAGGAGAGGUAGCAAACAUGAUCUGUGGCGGUAG